CAAUUACAAGGGCAAGGUCAUUAUCCGGUUCGCCCCUCUGUCUACGCCUUGUGUAUCGGUCUGCGGAGCUUCUUCGACUUUCUUCUGUUUCAGAAGCUGAAGGCCUCUCAUAGUUCCACCUGAGAAAUUCAUCUCAGUCUGGCUUCAAGGCCAUGGCUGCGAAGAAGGUUAUAGCAAUAUGUCAAUUGGGCGGAGAAUUUGUGACGAAUAAUGAUGGAAGUUUAUCAUACUCUGGGGGUGAUGCUCAUGCGAUUGGCAUUGAUGAGAAAACACUGCUUGGUGAUUUCAAGUCCGAAAUAGUGGAUGUGUUUAAUUGUAGUGCUGAUACAAUGUCCAUCAAGUACUUCCUUCCCGGCAAUACGAAGACUCUCAUUACGAUCUCUAAAGACAAGGACUUGCAACGUAUGGUCAAUUUUCUCGGGGAUACAAACACUGUCUAUGUUUUUGUGAUGACAGAGGAAGCUGCUAUUAGAAAUUUGUCCAACAUGCCUGCUAGUAGGUCAAGCAGGACAACUGUAUCGGAAGCAGUGGUUCCUAUUGUUGACCCUGUUGAUACGCGAAUUGAUACCGACAAUAAUGACAAUGCCGAUGGCCAGAUUGAUAUGGAACUCCAUGAAAUCCCUUUGCUUUCUGUUCCUGGCUGUUCCAGUGAUGAUAAGCAUCAUAAGGCUGCACAACAGUGGGAAAACACCAUCACCGGUGUGGACCAAAGGUUUAAUAGUUUUAGCGAAUUCCGAGAAGCAUUGCAUAAGUUUUCAAUUGCGCAUGGAUUUGCUUAUAGGUAUAAGAAAAAUGACAGUCACCGUGUCACUGUCAAGUGCAAAGGUCAAAAUUGCCCAUGGAGGAUAUAUGCAUCAAGGUUGUCUACUACCCAGUUGAUUUGUAUUAAGAAAAUGAACACGGAUCAUACAUGUGAAGGAGCUGCUGUGAAAGCUGGGUAUAGGGCAACAAGAGGUUGGGUGGGAAGUAUCAUAAAAGAGAAGUUGAAAGUUUCCCCAAACUACAAGCCAAAGGCUAUAGCAGAGGACAUUAAGCGAGAGUACGGGAUUCAAUUGAAUUAUUCUCAGGCAUGGCGUGCCAAAGAGAUUGCCAGGGAGCAGCUUCAAGGCUCCUAUAAAGAGGCCUAUAAUCAGUUGCCAUAUUUCUGCGAGAAGAUAAAAGAAACUAAUCCAGGAAGUUUUGCUUCAUUUGCAACUAAGGAAGACUCGAGCUUCCAUCGUUUCUUUGUAUCUUUCCGUGCAUCAAUUGUGGGUUUCAAAGAAGGUUGCCGCCCUCUAAUUUUUCUUGAUAGUGCUCCUCUGAACUCAAAAUAUCAAGGAGUUUUGUUGGCUGCAACAACUGCAGAUGCUGAUGAUGGUGUGUUUCCAGUAGCAUUUUCUAUUGUGGAUGCUGAGACUGAUGAGAACUGGCAUUGGUUCUUACUAGAACUGAAAUCGGCGGUGGCAACAUCUCAGCCGAUCACAUUUGUAGCAGAUUUUCAGUAUGGAUUGAAAAAUGCAUUGCCCGAGGUAUUUGAUAAAUGUUACCACUGCUAUUGUUUGAGGCAUCUUGCUGAAAAACUUAACAAGGACUUGAAGGGGCAAUUUUCUCACGAGGCAAGACGAUUCAUGAUAAGUGAUUUUUAUGCGGCUGCUUAUGCACCCACUCGGGAGGCUUUCCAGCACAGUGUUGACAACAUAAAAAAUAUUUCACCGGAUGCUUACAAUUGGGUCAUACAAAGUGAGCCAGUGCACUGGGCAAAUGCAUUCUGCGGAGGAGGCAGGUACAACCACAUGACUUCAAACUUCGGACAGCAGUUCUACAGUUGGGUAUCAGAGGCGCAUGAGUUGCCAAUUACGCAGAUGAUUGACGUAUUACGAGGCAAUACGAUGCAAGCCUUCUAUUCACGUGGGGUGGAGUCCAAUCAGUGGGUGACAAGAUUAACACCAUCAAAGGAGGAAAAGCUUCAAAAGGAAACGGAAAUUGCUCAAUCACUUCAAGUGUUACUCUCACAUGGUAGCACAUUUGAGGUUCGUGGAGAAUCUGUCGACAGUGUUGACAUCGACCAUUGGGAUUGCACCUGUAAGGGAUGGCAACUCACUGGUCUUCCUUGCUGCCAUGCUAUUGCUGUCUUUAUAACUAUUGGCAGGAACCCUUAUGAUUACUGCUCCAGAUACUUCACGGUGGAGAGUUACCGUUUAACUUAUGCAGAAUCAAUUCACCCUGUUCCGAAUGUAGACAGACCACACACAGAUGAAUCAAACCAAGUAGUAGUUACUGUUACCCCUCCGCCCACCAGGCGGCCGCCAGGGCGGCCAAAGAUGAAGCAGACCGAAUCAGACGACAUAAUAAAACGCCAGCUGCAAUGUAGCAAGUGCAAAGGGCUCGGCCACAAUAAGAAGACAUGUAAAGAUUCUAGCAUUGUUCAAGGGACGUUGUUAAAUUAGGGUGUUUGGGCUUUCAACCUCUGUAUAUUUUUGACAACUUUUAUUGGCAGUUUAGGAUUCUGUUUCCAAGCUUUGAAGUAGAGUUUUAGGAUCCUUUUUUUCUUCUUAAUUUACUUGGAGAACAAGGUAAUGACUUUCCUGUCACAUUAUUUUAAUAAAUUUUGAUCCAGUGCUA